CCCCAGUGGGCACUCUGGACUUCAAGGUAGAAGAGGCCCUGGCUUUCAAAGCAAAUCGGGUGCCCUCUCCAACCCCCCAUCUCCGCCUGCCUGCCCCUGCAAAUGCCUGUCAGUUCGGCCCUCAGAGGUGGGUGAAGGCUGGCCCUGGAAUUACAGACUGCCAGAGGUAGAUCACGAAGUUCACCACCUGAAUCUCGGCGCUUGGCACAGUGCGUGGUACACAGGGGACGCCCAAGAAACGGCUUGCUUGCAGAACAGAAAGAGUCCUCGAGUGCGCAUCUGCUGGUCCCCUCUUUGUGCAGAAGGGAAAGGGGACACUGGGAGCGCCAGGGACCUGCGGGGCCCCGCCGCGGGUCAGGGCCGGCCUCCGGCUGAGCGCCAUCCCGGGCCCAGGCGGAGGGGGCGCUGCGGCGGGAGGCCACGGCUGGCGGUGGCGGCGGGCCGGGGGCGGAGCGGAGGCGUGGCCGCCCCAGUGAGCGAGCGAGUGAGCGAGCGAGUGAGCGAGUGCCGCGCGCGCCGCCGCUGCCACCUCCGCUGCUCGGCCAGGUCCCGGAGCGGCCCGGCCGGCCCGCGGGGCGCGGAGGCGAGGCCCGCGGCCGGCCGCAUGAAGGACUGCGAGUACCAGCAGAUCAGCCCCGGGGCCGCCCCGCAGCCUGCCUCCCCGGGGGCGCGCCGCCCGGGCCCCGCCGCGCCCCCGACCCCCGGCCCCGGGCCCGCGCCGCCCGCCGCCCCCGCCCCGCCGCGCUGGAGCCGUAGCGGCAGCGGGAGCGGGAGCGGGAGCCUCGGCCGCCGCCCGCGGCGCAAGUGGGAGGUGUUCCCGGGCCGCAACCGCUUCUACUGCGGCGGCCGCCUCAUGCUGGCCGGCCACGGCGGCGUCUUCGCGCUCACGCUGCUGCUCAUCCUCACCACCACCGGCCUCUUCUUCGUCUUCGACUGUCCCUACCUGGCCCGAAAGCUGACCCUUGCCAUCCCCAUCAUCGCUGCCAUCCUCUUCUUCUUCGUCAUGAGCUGUCUGCUGCAGACGAGCUUCACCGACCCUGGGAUCCUGCCCCGGGCCACUGUCUGUGAAGCAGCCGCCCUGGAGAAACAGAUCGACAACACAGGCAGUUCGACAUACCGGCCGCCCCCUCGGACCCGGGAGGUGAUGAUCAAUGGGCAGAUGGUGAAGCUGAAGUACUGCUUCACCUGCAAGAUGUUCCGGCCACCACGGACCUCACACUGCAGUGUUUGCGACAACUGUGUGGAACGAUUUGACCAUCACUGCCCCUGGGUAGGCAACUGUGUGGGGAGACGGAACUAUCGCUUCUUCUACGCGUUUAUUCUCUCCCUCUCAUUCCUGACGGCCUUCAUCUUUGCCUGCGUGGUCACCCACCUGACGUUGCGCUCUCAGGGAAGCAACUUCCUCUCCACUCUGAAGGAGACACCAGCAAGCGUGCUGGAGUUGGUGAUCUGCUUCUUCUCCAUCUGGUCCAUUCUGGGCCUCUCAGGGUUUCACACGUACCUCGUCGCCUCCAACCUGACUACUAAUGAAGAUAUCAAAGGCUCGUGGUCCAGCAAGAGGGGCGGUGAGGCCUCUGUCAACCCCUACAGCCAUAAAAGUAUUAUCACCAACUGCUGCGCUGUGCUCUGUGGCCCCCUACCUCCCAGCCUGAUUGACCGGAGGGGAUUUGUGCAGUCCGACACCGUGUUGCCCUCACCCAGCAGAAGCGAUGAGCCAGCCUGCAGAGCCAAGCCUGACGCCAGCAUGGUAGGAGGCCACCCCUGACCGCAGCUCAGUACUUGCCACCUGCUGGCCUGUCUGCCCCUCUGCACUCAGCUGCCGGGACCCUCCCUGUUCCGUCCAAGGGAAGCAGAACUGCCAAAGACUCAAGUCUUUUCGUAUUUAUUUCCCAUCCCGCGUGGCUUUCCCCAAACUGUUUUAUGGCUAUGCCCUCUGCUCCCCAAACCCAGGUUCCCACAGCCUUGGGCCCUAGGUUCCCCAAGCUGAUCAGUGCCAGAAGAGGCCAAAGCCUCUGGAGGCCACCCAGGGAACCACACCAAGUCCUUGCCUGUGCCAGGCGAGCCCUGUGUGAGUGAGGCUGUGAACUGAGCGUGAGGCUUCCCAGGUGGGAGAACUGCUUGGGCCUUGCUUAGCCAGGGUCCUCAGGGUGAGGCGGGACUGAUGAGUGGUCAUCUCCGGACAGUGGGCUGUGGAGAGGAAGACUGCCUGCAUUGCUUGGUCUGUGGGCUCCUCCAUUCUCUUGGUGAUGAUACUUGUUCUUUCUUCUGUGGGAGUUUUUGGUGAUUCUGGGGUUUCCCCCCGCUUAUUUUAAUGGAGUUGGCCAAUAGGAUAGAACUGGGGUUCCAGUAGAGAAGACAGUGUUGGUGGUGGGUGAGGGCAGUCUGUAUCAGACGAAGGUGAAUGGGCCAGCCAGGCACCCUCAGCCUCAGCUCCUGUGCAGUUUCUGGUCAGCACCAUGGAAGUGGGAGCCUGAUCCUUCCCCUGCCCUCGAAGAGCUCUUUAAGGGAUCCCAGCCUGCCCCCCAACCUCUCACCCAAGCCAGGUCAGGGGAUGGCUGGGUUAUGCUCAUGCUGGCAAUACUUGAAACGGGUUUAUUAAUGCUGGGUAUUUUGCACAAUUUUGUAGACGUCUUUUCUACAUAGUCUUUUUUAAAUGGAAGAAAAAAAAGCCACAUUACUGUCUGUGUAGUGCCACGUGAAGGGUCAUCAGAAGGCUAGUUGGUUUUAAUAAGUUUAUUCCAAGAGACCUUCUGGCUGGAAUGAGUGAGAGCAUGUGUGCAUGUGUGUGUGUUCGUGUGUGCCCUGUAUGAAUGUGGCUGGCUCCCACACCCCCUGGGCUGCCCCCUGCCCUAUCCCCUUUGAGUGUUCAGAAGCAGCUUGAGCUGGGAGGAUGGGGGCACAUGAGAGAACCCUGGGCUCCCACUGGGGCUCAGCCCAGCCUCCUAUCUUUCCUUCCUCUAUGAACUUCAGACGGCCAGUGUCUGGGGACUCUGCCAUUCUACCCCCAGCCCUGCCCCCCAGCCCCCAGGUGAGGCUUCCAGCUGGGACCUGCCCAGACUGGCUGAGCCUGGGCGUGGUGGGUGGGGUGAUGGCUCUCGGGAGCGGCUGCCAUUCUACAAGCCACAUCCCCUCCUCUGAGCUCUGAGUAUGGGACUCAGCGCCAGGGGCUGGAAGACAAGGUGUUUCUGCCAAGCGGGGACCUCCAAUCAGAGAAAAGGAAGGAAGGUACAGGGUGAGCCAGGAGGCAAGUGAAGGUUGGCCUAAGUCUGGGCCAGAAACUCAGAGGAUGUUUCUCCUCCGCUGGGAGCUGUAAUUUCUUAUCAAAAUAGAUAUUGUCCCACCAUCCACCUCCUUGGCCCUUCAGGUGGGCUGAAGCUCUUGGAAAAUGACAUAGAAAGUCCCCAGAUCUUGCCCUUCUCACUCCAGAGGCUAGUGGUCACAGACAGCUGGGAAUGGCAGUCACAGAGGGUCCCCUCUGGGAGAAACAGCUUCGCCCCAGCCUCAGGGCCCUGGGCCAUCACUGCAGUGGCCCUGGGAGGUGAGGACGAAGCUGGCUGGAGGAGGGGCUUCUACCUACUUUUUAUUUAAGCCAGCAUUCUCUGUUCUUGCUUGUAAUAAAACUUUAGUUUGUAAGA